AUGGUGUCAAUAGUCUGGCCGGCACGCUAUAUAUGGCCAGGCAGUCUGCCAUGUGCCGUUGAAUUGUGGACGGAGACGAUCUUGAUUUCCACUUUGUCGCUCUUGUUGGUAGCUCGUCUAGCCUCCUUCAUUCCAGAAUAUGAAUUAUCACGACGUCGUUUAGAAAUCUCUCAAUCUUUUAUUAUCAAUGAUCCAGUACCCGAUAUUGAAGUAAUUGCGCCGUCUGAGAUUGGUGAUGCAGAGAAGAAUCUGUAUAAUAGUGUACCUAUGUAUCUGAAACUCGCUGGACGUGAAACACCACAUGGCUCCAUGAAUUCCAUGUCCACGUUGAAUAAUGAUACUCCUCAUGCGACCGAUAUACGUGAUAGUGUAAAUGAAGAGAUUGAAGUCGCUCCAGCCGUCAAACUUAAAUGCCAAACCCAUAUUGAUGAAGAUAUCAUACCUACUGCUGGUCGCUCGUCUUGGACUCUUUCAUCACUCAUCCCACUAUAUUAUGCCUCACCUGUAUCCAAUGACCAUCAACCCCCUCUUACCAUGAGUCGCUCCGAAACUGAAACCAUGAACCGCAUCCAAACUGAAAUCAAGAUACAUCAUCAUUCAUUUGCGCUUGAUGAAGCAAUCUCGAAAUCAAACGACAAAAUUUGGUUGAACUGGUGGUCGUCAGCUACAGGAUCGAAGCUACUGGGUCGAAGGCCUAGCGAUGCUAUGUUGGCAUCUGUACGAGGGUCUGUUGCUUGGAAGAUCAAGGCUUGGUUGGCUCCAAAAUCUUUAUUCGUGUUGGGAUUGAUUCAAGCCUUCAUGAAUGCUGGGAUCUUGUUGCUCAUUCAACGCUACUCUGUCCACUAUCGUAUCUUCCCUUCUCCGACGUAUGCUCUGAGAUGCGCUCGUAGUAUCGAUCUUAUAGUUAUGAUUGCUGAAGCGUUCUUGUAUGUCGUCAUCGUUGAACCGUUGAUUUGGUUUCUUGGAAAGGAUGUCAAGGACGAGUUUCAUUUAUUAUCAGAUGUCUUCCUGUCCUUAUUUGCGGGAGUAUCAUUUAUCCUUGGUGGGAUCAUCUUUGCUGAAGUUGCAUUCCAAGUGCCAACUCUUCGCCCACUCAAUGAUUUAAAACUUUGGACUCCUACUUUCCAGCUCUAUGCUGGAGCUUUGGGAGGCCAUUUGAUCAUCGUAUUGGUUCCAGUCAUCACCUUGAGAAUUCGCCUUGCCAAGUCUCCAGAGCAAAGUAAAUCACUCAGCUGCUCGAUUGAAUGUUUCAAUCGAACUUUGCAGACCCCAGAACUCUUUGAGAAAUUCAAAGAGUUCUCUGUGGGCAACUUCUCUGUCGAAAACUGUCUGUUUGUUGAACGUGCCACAGCGUUCAAGCAGUUGAUUGAUGCUGGCCAUUAUGAAGCUGCACGAGAUGAAAUGGAGUCUAUCUUCACGACAUUCAUUGAAGAAGGGUCUCUCUGUGAAAUCAAUAUUCUCGGAAUUACUCGAAGGAAUGUCGCGUCAUCUGUCUCAAUGAUGAGGUCUUGUGUCGAUGCACCUCCAUUAGGUCUCUUUGAUGUCGCAAAUCAGGAGAUUCACGAGUUGCUGUUUCGAGAUACCUUCAGUGCCUACUGUAAGAAGAAGAAAAUGGUAUAA